AUGGAGGUGUCAUCUACUUUAGAGACAACAAAACCCAUCCGAUUAAAGCCUUCGGAUAUAUGUUUUAGCCAGAAAGAAAUCUACCAUCGAUUUCGGCGGAGGUCUUAUCACGGACACCGCACCAUUGGUGAGACAUUAGACGACAUAGUGGAGGGUCGGCUAAAUGUAACGAGUUUGCCGACAAUUUCUUUAAAAAAGGAAGAGGAAGAGACGGAUGGAAAUGGCGCCGACGGUGAGAAGAAAGUUCGAUGGAUCACCGCUGAUAACCGUCGCCUUUGGAUUUUUAGACAUUUGGAGAGACUGGGUAGAUGUAAAGAUGUUCCAUUCGAAGAAGUCACGUACAUUAGCUCCAUGAAAUUAUCUUCACAAAACCGUGGGGCUUCUGUUGAGAUAAAAGACCGGGAGUUACCAGGUGGAUUUUGGUACCAGGCUCCAGAUGUUACACACAUUGAUCCAAAGAGUGUUAAAUUCACCAAAAUCAUUAUCCCAAUGUCCUUUACUGCUGAGACUCAUCCAGGGGUCAAAGUUAUGUCGCUCGUCGAGAAACUGGAAUGUGGAGAUCUGGAAUUCCAAAGUGUACCAUCGAUCAUUGUUUGGGAUGACGACAUAACAAAGCGAGUUAUCGACGGAAACAGGCGUCUGUGGGCAUUCCAGAAAGCAAAUCAGUCUAAAAUUGCAGCAAUUGUGAUCAAAGAUCGACAACUCCUGACCAAGACUGUUCGAAGGAUGACAGGAAACAACCUGACGGAUAUAACUGGUUAUACCAAAAGAAGCCUCUACACCAGGCUCCUGGAGAAGCUGAAAUCUGUGAUAGAGGAGCAACGACUACUACUCAACCCGACUAAUUUUCCUUCGAGUCUGCUGCCCAGAAUCCAUAGCAUUUUUCGCUGUGUUAUACUCCCUCUCAAUCCUCCGCACCAUGUAGAAGACUACUGGUUCAAUGCACCGGAUGACGUGGAGGAUGUCGAUCAGCGUUCAUCCAAUGGAUGA